CCCUUUCAAACUGCUUUCUCUCCCAUUUCAACCAGGUCAUCCUCCAACAUGUCUUCCACCGCCAAACCCAAAUCAGAACACAUAACACCACGCAUCAUCAUCCACGGCGGCGCAGGCAACAUAACCCGCCACACCCUCUCCAGCAUCGACUAUCAAGACUACCGCACAGCCCUCCACGACAUCCUCAUAAAAUCAUACACGCGGCUUCUCGCGCCCAGAGCCACAGCCCUGGACGUGGCCACGCACGCCGUGACGCUCUUCGAAAACAACGCGCUUUUCAACGCAGCCCACGGCGCCGUCUUCACGCGCGCGGGCACCAACGAACUCGAAGCCUCCGUCAUGGUGUCUCGCGGGCACCACAAGCGCGGCGCAGGCUGCAUGCUAAUCAAGCACGUCAAGAACCCCAUUUUGCUCGCCAAGGAACUGCUCCUCCGGGGCGACGCAGUCGACGAUGGCGGCGCAGGCGCGCACUGCCAGCUCGCGGGGGCGGAGGUCGAGAAGCUCGCUCGGGCAUGGGGCCUCGACAUGGUGGAGCAAGAGUACUUCUUCACGCAACGGCGAUGGAAGGAGCAUUUGCGAGGGCUGGAGCGCGAAAAGGCGCCUCCUACCCCCACAAACACUUAUGACAACGACGACAAGACUACACUCCUCACGGCGCCAGCAUCCACGUCCACCGAUCCUACAUACGACCCCACGCGCUACCUCCCACAAGGCACCGUCGGCGCCGUCGUCCUCGACUCCUCCGGCACCAUCUGCGCCGCCACCUCCACCGGCGGCCUAACCAACAAGCUCCCAGGCCGCAUUGGCGACACGCCCACCCUAGGCGCCGGGUUCUGGGCUGAGGAAUGGACGGAGCCCCUUCCCCCACGCAUGCUCUACCAGCCACAACAGCAGCAGCAGCAGCAGCAGCAGCAACCACCACCAACCCCGCUGGACAAGCUCUCCCGCGGUGACCUCGCCAGCAUGCUCACAGACUGCAUCCCCACACUCACACCACCCCAAUCCACCCCUCCAGCCCCAAAACCCCAGCCCCGGCACCACGCCCUCGGCAUCUCCGGCACCGGCAACGGCGACUCCUUCCUGCGCACCAGUGCCGCCCGCACCGCAGCCGCGCAAUCGCGCUUCGCAACCCCGAACCUCCCCCUCUCCGCCGCCAUCGAAAGCAUGGCCGGCCCCGGCGGCGAGCUCCAACGCAGCGCCGGCGACCGUUGGAACGACCCCAGCUCAGGCGAGGGCCAGGGCGGCAUGAUCGGCAUCGAGCUCGUCGACGGCGUCGGUGAAGUGUGCUGGGAUUUGAACUGCGGCGGCAUGUUUCGUGCGUGGGUGGAUGAGGAAGGCCGGGCAAGGGUUGCUGUUUAUGCUGAUGAGGAAGGGGAUUAGAUGCUACGAACAUAUUUGAUCCAAGGCUUAUAUCUGCACUUUGUGAUUUUGAUAAUAAUAA